UCAGUUUCAGUGCCAGUUCGAUUCGGACAGCUAAUGGCAUCAACAUAUCGUAAAAUAAAAAGUUUAGGCCCGGCCAAAUCGCUCCCAAUCGAGGCACCAAUUCGCCUCUCAUGAACUACCUUUUGGCUGCCGAGUGUUGACCAAGUGACUUUUGCUGGUUGCCAUUAAGGAAAAAUGGGAAAAACAAUCAAAGUAAUUGGAUGUGCUGGAGUCGGCACUCUGCUCAUAUUGCUGCUGCCUCUUUGCCUGAUCCAAAAUUAUAGUGCACCAAGUGGUAAUGGUCACUCGAAUGACUUCCACGCAGUGGUCACUACACCUGCUCCCACUGCUACUGCUCCUGCUGGUCCACUUGAAUCCGGAAGGGAUGCGAUGGUGCGCCUGCAUCGCCAGAAAAGGUACCUACUCUUCCCCGAGGGCUCCUCCUUUCAGCUGGUGUUCGACAUCAUCAUACCCAUCAUAGACUACACCAACUACGCCAUCCUGGGCAUCACCUGCUCCGUGGCCUGGGAGCUGCCCAGUAAGCCGCCCAGCGAGCUGAUUGAAAACGUGCUCACGCGCAUCAACGACGGCACCAUCGGCACUGUCCGCCGGAAUGGCAGCGUUCCCGAUCCAGAACCGGACCCACAGUCCCCGAAUCUGGAACUGGACAAUCGAGGAGCAGGCUCGGCUAAUUGGCAGGCAGUGCACGCACCGCCAGCGAAUCCACCGGCAUAUGCGGCCAAUGAGCAUGACACCCACUCGUAUUACACGAAUAUCCAGCGCAUCCCGGCCGCUUACCCAUAUGCAAAUGCGGAUGCGUAUGCAAAUGCAAAUGGUCAGCAGGGCCAGGCGGCGAUUCCUGCUAAUUGGCAUGCGCGACAGUCGCUCGCCGGCUGGCAGCAGAGGGGGGAGUCGGCGGCGGCGGAAACGGGCAACUGGUGGACGCGGAAUGGACAGCGGUUGCAGCAGAACUGGCGCGAGAAACAGCACAUGUGGGGCCCCUCGAAGUGGGACUAUGGCUACACCCAGCGACCACGACAAGUGCUGCGAGCACCACCCAAACACCACAUAUACCCCGUGUUCGCCAGGCGCAGGAGGCGACGAAGUCUGGAGCAGGAUGCCCACUUCGAGCGACUCCACCUGGAGCAGCAUCUCAGCUCGAGGCAGCUGCUCUUUGGCAAAAUCGAACGCCUGUACAAGUCGCGACGACUAAAUGGCACCUCUUGUGUGCUCCGCGCCCUCUGCGAAUCCGCCCAAAGGCAACAGCAUGUCCUGCGAGGGACGAGUGUGGUCAAGCCACAAAGCUUUAUAAUGGAACUGCUCUCGGCCAUCUUCCAAUUGCCCAGCGGCGAUGACGUGAAGGAGCCGGGGGACCUGGAGCUAAUGAUUUCACCUCAUUAUCUGGCGGCACAUCGGCAACAGGGCGACUGUCGGCAAAUCUACGGCGAUUGCAAUCACACAUUCUGGUUGGAUUGAACAAGAAAUAUAAUAAAAGGC